AUGGUGGCUUACUGGUUCUGCACGGAUGACCUGGUGGCGGCCGAAGUGACUUAUGUAUCGGAGGGAACGCAGAGACAACUGGUAGUUUGCUCAGCGUACCUCCCUUACGAUAAGAAAGAAUCUCCUCCAACCAGGGAACUGAGGGACCUGGUGGCCUGGUGCGAGAAGGAGAAGAAACAACUCAUCGUGGGAUGUGAUGCUAACUCACACCAUACGGUGUGGGGAAGCAGCGAUGUCAACGAUCGAGGUGAGUCUUUACUAGAUUUUCUUUUUAGUUAUAAUCUAGAGAUUUUGAAUGUCGGGAACGAGCCCACCUUUGUUAUAAAAAAUAGAAGUGAAGUCAUCGAUAUAACAGUGGGAUCGGGACCGAUAUGUAAUAAUAUUGCGAGGUGGCAUGUGUCGAAUGAGCCGUCAAUGUCGGAUCAUAGACAUAUCCACUUUGAAAUUAUAACGGAUUAUAAUCCGCAAGUAAGAACCUACAGAGACCCAAAAAGAACUGACUGGGACUCCUAUAGAACGGAGUUACAGGCCAGGACUAGGGAAAUCUGUACAAAACUAAGGAACACAUAUGAUCUUGAGAGGGCCGUGGAGGAACUCCAAAACGCCGUCACAAGAUCAUAUGAAUACAGCUGUCCUAUCAAAGUGAGGUCCGAUAAGCACACCGUACCCUGGUGGAGCAAGGAACUCACGCAGUUGAGGGGACAGACAAGAAAACUAUUUAAUAGAGCAAAGCGGACAGGAGAGUGGGAGACUUAUAGAGCAACCCUCACUGAGUAUAAUAAAGAAAUUAGAAAAGCGAAGAGAGACUCAUGGAGGAAGUUCUGUGAGGAUAUUGAUAGUGUCCCACAGUGUGCUAAACUCCAGAGACUUCUCUCUAAGAACGGACAUACGAAACUCGGGUCUCUCAAAGCACCGAGUGGGGAAUAUACCAAAACUGGAAGGGAGACAUUGGAAUUACUUCUAAAUACUCACUUUCCAGGCUCCAGGUUAUUAAAUCAUGGAGAUGAAUAUGACUGGAAUCACCAGCAGAGGGUAACGACCGGGUCUCGACAGAACUGGGAGGUUGCCAAGACGGUGAGAUCAGAAGUGCGUGAUAAUAAGAAAUUAGUAGAGGAGGUGUUGCACAAUUCUAAUACUGAUUCCGUUUCAAAUGUAGCUGAAGUUGAAGACGAUGAUUCGUCCUGGUUACAACAUCUAUCGUUUGGUGGUUUAACAGUUCCAAAUGAUGGUGAUGUAGAUGAUAGUGCUGUAAAUUAUGGUGAUGUACAUGAUGACACUGUAGAUGAUGGUGGUGUAGAUGAUGGCGAUAUAGAUUAUGAUGAUGUAGAUCAUGGCGAUGUAGAUUAUGAUGAUAGCGAUGUAGAUUAUGACGAUGUAGAUGAUGGUGAUGUAGAUAAUAGUGACGUAGAUGAUGGUGAUGUAGAUGAUAGUGCUGGAGAUUAUAGUGCUGAAGAUUGUGAUGAUGGUGAUGUAGAUGAUAGUGCUGAAGAUUAUAGUGCUGAAGAUUGUGAUGAUGGUGAUGUAGAUGAUAGUGCUGGAGAUUAUGGUGAUGGAGAUUAUGGUGCUGUAGAUGAUGGCGAUGUAGAUGAUGUAGAUGCUGUCGAUGUAGAUGAUAGUUAUGUAGUCCAUGGCGAUGUAGAUGUAGAUGAU